AAACAGCGCACCGAACGAAACUAUUCAUUAUUGGUCUUGCCUGCGUUCACGAGAAAGACCAAGGACAUCAGACACAAUGACACAAGGAGAUGCCCGUGUUUGCCCCUUUGAGCAGCUAUCUCUAUCUUCUGCGGAUACGAACCAGCUACAACUUGUCCUGAAAGCCAUCCUCGAGGCAAACUUGGGACGCUACCAGGAUUUCUUAGCUUCGGAUAAAGGCAAAGCGAACCCAAGUACUUGGAAGCUCGUGAAGACAACGCACCGAACACGAGUUUACCUCGAGCGUCAGCACAGACCGUCCUUCACUCCAUUCCAGGCACACUCGUCUACUGCGUCUAACGAUCCAGUAUUGCAACCAUUUCUGUGUGUUGGCUCAACUUCAGGUAAUAUUGACGACGUGAUGCUGGGAAUUGUGAACCCUCCUCCUGCCUGUGUGAACGACCUUAGCAAAGCCACUCUUCUAUCGACAAUAACACUGCCGACUACUGCAAACCCUUUCCAGUCUGUCGAAAUGAAAUGGAUGGAGCUGAGUGUUCGUUCAAGGCUUGUCAAGAACCACGACUAUGUUUACGUCGAAGUCACUGGUACCCGCCACUUACCAAGCGGUGAACGCGUGGGGUAUCAUCUCCUGCACUCGGUCGAUGUCCCAGUAGCCCGUCGCCUUCCUGACUGCGUGCGUGCUCAGCUGUCCGUGUGCUCCUUCUUCCGCCAAGAGAGCAAGACCUCAGUAGCAGUCUACACACUGGGUAUGAUGGAUACAUUGGAUGACCGAGCUCGACGAGUGAUUCAGCCUCACUUUGUCAAUAUUCUUCUGUCAACGUUCAAGCGCGCGCCUUCUGUAGACAAAAAAAUACUGGAAAAACGCGACUCGGAGGUGGGGACUGGUGCGUCCUUGAGUCGAGGUAACUGUGUUACCUGCUCGAAGCGCCCUUGGCGUCUUGGAAGUGCUGCAACUUGCAACGUUUGCUCUGGUUUCGUCUGCAACUCGUGCAAAGUGGUGAAAGAACUCAGUUUCAUGACACCAGAGCUCGACAUGACCAAGCGGAGAGUUAUCUUUUGCUCGUCUUGUGCAAUCGAUGAGAAUGUAUCCGAAUUCUCAGCCGCGGAGACGAGCUCGUGUACGAGUUCGUGGGGUACAGCGCACGACAGCGACCUGCGUUCUGUGUUAUCCUUCUCGUAAGUUAAUCGGAUAUUUUGCCCUCAUAAAGAGAACGCGGAACUCAUUCCAACGCACCGUAAAAACAGGCAGACAAUACAAAAUUUGAAUUGAAAGCACAUUGUAAAUUCGGG